CAGAUCGCUAUUUAUAGGUGUUUUCUGUUCUUCUUCCGGCUGAUGAUGAUGACACACACACUUACAGGCUUGUAACACAGCACAGUCAACCACUGGAAAUACACUGUUUAACACAUACAGGAGCUGGUCUCCAGAAGUAACUCUCUUCCGAUUUUAUACCUCACACGUAUUGAAACUGUAAUACACAAAGAAUAAAACGAUAUAAAGUUUAGAAUGGACGCUCAUGUGACACCCGGUUACACGCCGACGCAUGUGAUAUCACGGACAGAGACUGGUCAAGAAGGCAACCAGACCCAAAAACAUGAAAUAACGGAAAAAAGUUUCAAAAACGCUGGUGGAUACCAAAAUAUGAAGAUGAAUUACCCGACGAAACAAAAAACAAUGGACACCAACGUAACGCUGUGGCAAUUUCUGUUAGAACUUCUGAUGGAUCAACAAAACGGGACACUUAUUACUUGGACUGGCGUAGAGGGAGAAUUCAAACUUCUGAACGCAGAAGAAGUAGCCCGUCAAUGGGGACUUAAAAAGAACAAGAACAACAUGAAUUACGACAAACUAAGUCGCGCACUCAGAUAUUACUACGACAAGAACAUUAUCAAAAAGGUUAUGGGACAGAAGUUCGUUUACAAGUUUGUGUCGUUUCCAGAGAUUGUGAAAACUGAAAAUAAGAUUCCAUUCAAGGUGAAAAUGGAGAGUCUAGACAUGCAUACUAGACCACAAAGUACCUCUACAACGGACCAAAUACACGAGAGGAAAUGCGAAUCUGUUCGUCCAAUUCAAGUCAGAGAAGCUCCCACACACAUUGAACACUUAACGACAGCAGCACCGCCAACUGAUAGGACGUCUGAAAGCGGGAGUAUGUCGUGGACUACAAGUGGGUUACCAACUUUCAAAGUCAACGAGCCCCAGCAUUCUAUGGUAUACAGUCCAACGGCUGUCACCUUAUCUUCUCGAGGCUACACAUCUGACGCAAGAAUGAACAAUGAACCAACUUUGGUCAAUAGCUCUGGUCGACCGAUGAUCUCUACUGGAAGUUUGGCAACAACUAUGACCACUUUCGCAUCGCGAACCAAACCCACCCCAAUUCAACUGUCUGUCGAUUCGCCAUCUUAUUCAGGCAUGUAUUUAAGCACUCCUGUCACAUCAUACCCUGGGGUAACUCAAGGUGCUGCCACCCCAAUCAUGAUAGCUAGCCCACUACUCAGCCAAAACGGCACUCCUUUGCUGCCUCUAAGCUUUUGGAAUACUUUGAGUCCUAUGACUUUAAGUCCAUCCAUGAGUACAUUAAAUACAUUCCAAUUUCCCACAGUGAUUAAUGGACACCAUGUUCUCCCAAUGCAGCCCCUGACUCCUACUGUACUGCUUUCUCCAAGCACUACAAAACCAAUCAUUGUUUCGUAAUUACUACAUCAUCAACACCUCAUCAUCAUUUUCAACUUUCGUUGUAGAAAAUUGAGCACGUUAACGUUACAUGUAAUAACUGCAACAGACUAUGUGGAUAUCUGCAUGCGUGUUUGAUUAUCUCUUGUUAAUUCGUAUUUAAACAGAAGGUUCACUUAAGGGUUUGAUAUCCUAAUUGUAAAUAAUUUGUGUAUAAUUUAAGUAAAGAUGCGUCGUUAUGUAAAUAUAACAAUAUUUUUUUCUGUUUUAAGUUUCACUGUUGACAAUGGAAUUUGCAUGUUUUGUGUUAAAUGGAGUAAUUAUUCGUUUUGUGAUUAUGCGUAGAUGCCAUCAAGGCAUCGGUGCGCUAAUAAUUGACAUGAUGCUAAAAGUAAGGAAAUAAAAUCGCUGGACGAAGUAUUAUUAUUAUUGAUUUAAGAAAAAGUAUUAUAAAUUUAUACAAGUCGCAGGGCGAGGAUAUUUUUGUACCGAAUAUAUGACUUUCACCACCAGGACCAAUGCUAAAUUUUAAAGGUCUUAAAUUUCUCAUUCCAUUUAAAACCAUCAACAAUUGUUUACAGACAGCUCGUGCCUGUGGUGUCACAUCUCAGUAUGUUUAAGAAAUAAGAUAUAUUUUACUAAAUUAUAACUCGUGCUGGUCACGCAUUUUGUAAUGAACUUAUAUUUACUGAAAGGAAUAUAAACAAGCAUUUUCUAUGCAAAAGCAGUGUAAUACAUGCUCUGAAAAGACAUAAAAAAAAUAAAAGAAUAAAUAUGCUUAUCA